GACAAUUUCCCAAUUCAUGGUGAUCUCCAUCUAAUUUAUCUUGGACUGGAAAAAAAUUGUCCCUCACCACGGAGCAAGCAUGGAAGAUGACGAAACAGACAGUGGGUAUGCAACAUCAGUCAACGAACACACACGGAUGCUGGAGACAGAAAGGAUGACAACCCAUGUGGAUAUAACCAGCUCACCCUCUAGUAGACAUUCCAUUAAAAACCUUAGGAAGCCAUCUUCAUUGCAAGUUAAACUUGAAAAACAGCGAGAAGCUGUUCGGAACCCACACCACAGACCGCUCAACUCACCAUCGCCGGUGGAAUCUCAGCCGAGGCGUUCAAUACUAGUAACAAGAGAAAGAUUGGCAGUACCAUGGAAAGCUUCAGCCUUAGAUAGAGAACCAAGUGAACAACCCUUAGUCUCCAUAGAUAGCGAAAGGUAAGUCACAUUUCCAUUUGGUUUCAUCGAACUAUGGUGUCUUCAAACCUGUUGAAGUCUUGAUGUGCGUACUGUUACACUCAAACGAUGAGAUCAAUCACACAAAUUGAAAAAGCCAAACAAGACGAUUGAUAGACAUGCACACUUCGUUCACAAGAGUGAGCAGUAACCAAUGAAAAAUCAUUGUUUGGACUUUGUCAUUGAUCACAUACCAUUGUGGAACCGGGCCAGAGUUUUCUUCAGUGAACAAUGCUCUGACCACCCAGACAGUUCUGCCAGCUCCAAACAUAUACAUGUGAGAAGUUGAUGAUCAUGGUAGCUCAGAGAAGCUUUGAAGCUUUUGGCAUCACAAUCGCAUCCUGAGUAAUGUUUAAAAUGAGGUAUUGUCGUCACAUGCAGUGUGGUAAACAUGUAUAAUUUCAUUGCCAUUUUAAUAGCAGAUGUCUUGAAAGUUUUUGAUGUGUUUUUUAACCUGAAUAAGUCUAGUUCUGUCACCUAAUCACAAAGGCCACAGUACACAAUGAGGUGAUAACUAGACUCAAUAAGGUUUUAGGAACCCAGAUGUUUCAGAGACAAUCUGUACUCUAAAGGAAAAUUAGAGCAAUCCAUCGAGUCACACCAACAUGUACUUCUAGUUCAGUUAUCUUCUUGAUUUUUUAGCAUAAUACCAUGCAUAUUUUGACCGAGUUUCAUCUCAUUCCUUUUAUGUACCAGCUGUAGUUAGGGCACAAGGUGGUUCUGUGAGCCACUGUGAUAGCUUAAUAGAUCACUUGGUGCCUUCUUUAAAGGCGUGGUCACACCG